CCUUGAAAUAGAUUUUAAAUAUCUGAUAAUCUAUUUUCUUCAUUCUACAUAAUAGAUAUAAAAUAAUCUAAUGGGUUAGCAUUUUUAGGACAUUCAUAGCCAAUGGAUUGAAAAUGAUUAAGCAUUUUGAUUCUAGGACCUUAAUAAACAAAUCUUCCUUUAGCAAGUAAAAAUAUUUGAUCAAGUAAUAAAUAUAUAUCUGAACUAGGUUAAUGAAUAGUGAAAACAAUGGUUCUCUUUGAAACAAUAGAUAAUUUUUUUAAAAGAUUUCUAAAUAAUAAAGAAAGAAUACAUAAUAACAAAAGCAGU